CGGCCUGCUCGCAGUGCUGCUGUGUGGCACCGUACGUGUAACGAUACAGCUCUGGGUCGCUGCAGGGCAGCUGUGGCCGUGUUUUCCCUGCUCACCGUGGCUAGCCGUGGCUGACAUGGGAUGACAUUGCCGCAGGCAUGGCCCCGCGGGAUGCUGCACGGAUAGAAACGGGCAGUGAGGACAUCUCGCCAUGCCAAACGGCAAAACGAGUCCUCAAGUGAGCCCUGUCCCCCAGUUCCACAGCACUAGCAGGCUGAAACAUCAAACACCUGGGAAGCCCGCCAGUCUGUCCAGGCAGGAAGAAGAUAUGAUGGACAGCAGGACUGGCUUUGAUCAGGAUAGAGACUGUGCCACUCCAGGGCAUGGCCAGGGGCUGAAAUUGGAGCCCUGUUUCCAGACUGACUCUCUCUUGCCUUCCCCCAGUGCGUCCCUGAUACCACAGCUCCUCAGCCACACAAUGGUUGGCAGGAACCUGGAUCCCACCAUUCUUUUCCCUUCCUCACAGGCAGUGGCCUUGCCUCAUGACUGCAAAUGUGGUGCCUGUCCUGGAGAAGAAGCACAAGCCCUGGCUUUCCCCAGGCCCCGUGCCCCAGCUCCUGUGCCCUGUGCUGGGGAUGGGGACCAGCUCUCCAGCCAGCACCCACGGGAGCAGCUCUGUGACCAGCACGUACGAGCCAAGCGGGCCAGGGUGGAGAGCAUCAUCCAGGGCAUGAGCCUCCCACCAACCCCGCAGGCAUUUGACUCAAGCCUGGAGGCAGCUUUUAGGCAGGAGAGGGAAAGAGGUGGUGAGAUGUCCCAGGAGAGCAAGAGGAAGCCAAGGGUGCCCCAGCAGGGCACGGGGGCAGCUGGAAGAGUGGCUCCCACAGGAGGCAGCUCCCAUGCCAAGGGCUGCCAGCAGCUGAAGGAGCAGCUCUGCUUUUUAGAGCAGCAGCUGAGGUGGCUUCAGGAGAAGUUCUACCAAGUCUGUGACUCUGAGGAUGCUGCCCAAACACAGGAAGAUUCUGAGAAAGUGCAGCCACUGCCUGGAAAGCCUGAAGACAGGCUGAACAAGGACAGGGCCACUUCCACCAGCAACCCACGCAAAGUGCCUCUCAGAAGGAGUGUCCUGGAGGUGUGUGGGCUGGAGGAGGUGGAGGACAGAGGUGACACGGGUGGCCUGCCCUUGGCAGUGAGGGUACUCUCACAGGCACUGAAGCAUGAGCUGUCUGUGGUGACAUCCCAGGUAGUGGACUCUGUCCUGAAGACAGUCUGGCCAAAGGCAGACAGCCACAUCCAGAAGCAGCACCACAGCCUUCCGAUGCUGGGGCCAGAUGCCAGGAGAGAGUAUUCUGCUGGUGGGAAAGGCAGAAAGCCACUUGGUAAGCCAUCUCCUAUGAAUGCACCUGGCUCCCUGGGCUCACCCCAGGCUGAGGUCCUGCCAGGAGUUUUGGGGAAGAGCCUGGGUUCUUAUGCUGCCUCCUUCAACUCAAAAGGGGUCAGAAAAUCCUCUCGGGUACCCAGCAUGGGUUAUUCACUGGGCUCAGCCACCCCUGUCCAGCACAGCCAGCUGCUGAGCCAGCUGUUGGGCUAUGGCCAGCAUAGCCUCUGGGGCAGCGACUCUCCUGAGAGCCCAUCUGCUCUGGAGAGGGGUUGUCCAGAGCCCCUCAAGUUGCCCUGGGGAACUGUUAAACUGAGGUCAUCGAUUGUGAGACAGCAGCAGCACCAUCCCCUGCCCCUGGGCCCUGCCAGCAUGGAGAGCCUGGCACUACUGCCAGCUGGCAGGGAUGGCCACGGUGAGCUGCCAGCUGCAAGUGAUGGAGCACCCUUUGCCUCGACCCACAUAUCCUUUGGGGACAGCUAGAGGUCCCUGGGGAAUGUGCUCCCCUUGUCCUCUGGAGCUGGGCACUGCCCCUGCUGGUCUCUGCAAGGCCAAGGUCCCUGCUCCUCCACAGAGGGCUAAACAGGUGUGGGCAGGAAAGGAGUCCUGAGCCAUGGAGGGGCACUGCCACUCCUCAGGGUUGGCCAGAUGCUGUAGCAUAGCUGUGGGUACAAGACAGGAGCUACUAAACCUCCUUUUGGGCCUUACUAGGGAUCCUGUAAUCCUAAACCAUGAACAGGAGUCUCAUGGAAAUUCUGGUUCUCACAAGACUGUGAAGUGCUCUGAGGAGCAUUAGCUUCCUCAGGGAUUCUCAAGGGAAAAACCAGUGGCUGUCCAGCCAAGGAUGAACCCCUUCUGCCCCCCUGACAGGCCAUGGGGGGCUAUGGAGGGCAGUGGGCGUGCGUGUGUCAGGGGUGGUGCUCAGGGACAUGCCGAGCUCAGGGUUUGCUACGUGUAGGCUUUCCUUGACCCCACGGCAGAUGCAGGAGGCACUGACCCCCGGGCACCUGAAGAAGGCCAAGCUGAUGUUUUUCUUCACCCGCUACCCCAGCUCCACUUUGCUGAAGACCUACUUCCUUGA